AAACAAAAACAUUUUAGUGAACAUACGUGAGACAUGUUUUUUUAAUAUAUUUUAGAGCUAUGUUUUAUGCUGCCUAAAUCAUUCUAGCAUUGGAAUAUCUUCAUAGUAAAGGGAUAAUUUUUAGAGAGUUAAAUUUAUAAAUAAUUUUAGUUUAAAACCAGAGAAUAUUGUUAUAUGUUAGGAUGGGUAUGUGAAAUUGACGGAUUUUGGUUUAUGCAAAAAGGGAGACUUCACUAAUAUUUCAGGGGCCUCCUCCAUAUGCGGAACUCCAGCCUACAUGGCCCCUGAAAUACUUUAAAAAAAAUAAUAUGGUAAAGCCGUAGAUUGGUGGGCAUUUGGUUGUUUCCUAUAUGAAAUGGUAGCAGGACACCCUCCAUUCUUUGCAUCAAAUAAAUAAGAUUUAGAAUAUUGCAUAGUAAAUUCUCAACCAAAUAUGGGUCAAUUUUCAAUAAAACUUCAAGAUCUAAUUUAUAGAUUACUAGAAAAGAAUCCAAAGAAUAGAUUAACCACGAACAUUAGAGAUCAUUAAUGGUUUAAUAUUGACUUUGAUGCCAUACUAAAUAAGAAAGAAACUGCACCAUUUUUACCUACCUUGUAAAAUGAGGCAGACGUUACUUAUUUUGAUCCAUAAUUCAUUAAAUCGAGUAUGUCUGAACAAUGUAGUAUCAUUGAUGAAUUAGAUUCAUGUUUUAAUAUUUGUUUAAAUUGUAGAUAAGGAUUUCACAUACAAAGGAUCAUAAGAAUAAUCAGUGCAGCAAUCAUUUUAAACUCUAAGUCCAGAGAUUAUUGGAUUGAAUGAAAAUGGAGAAGCCAAACAAAUGAUAAAAGUAGAGUCAACCGAAAUGAUUAAUUAAUGA